AUGCAACCCGUCACGUAUCGGCAAAAGGGGGCUGCUCUGCUCGCGCGUCUGGCGCAACUAGGGUCUGACGCGCGCGUAAGGAGCGUCUCUGACCUCAACGCGUUGCUCCGAAAAUGCCCACUGCCAAAUUUCGACCCCAACAACAGCUACUUUUCGCACCUAGUCGCGCAGUGCUCCACGUUCGUGUCCUGGGUGUACAGGCUCGACGUGUUCGUAUCAGGCUGGCACUCUGCCACCGGCCACGUGCUACAAGGGAAAUACAUGUACAGGGGGUCGCCUGUUGAGGUUCUCGACAAGCAGCACUAUGUAUCCACCGGCAACACGCCGGGUGCUGGCACACACAUAGGCGCCUUUGCCCUGGUGGAGCCCGGCUUUGUGUCAUGCACGGGUAGCAGGGAAGCGGCCGCCCGGUCCGGGGGCUGUAUUCUGCGAUUCGAAAUACCACAGCGUGUGUCCUACUACUACGACGACGGAGACUGUCUUUUAGAGCGCAAUCUGAUAUUCAUUGAUUUUGCAUUCCACGGCUGGCACGAAGCCGCCGGACGUCGGAUCGCAGUGGUUGAUUGCGAGCUUGUGCCACACCGGGGCUAUGACCCCGAACGCUUUUUUAUUUCAAUGCAAAACAAAAACUGGGGCUUGAUUAUUUUGUCCUGUGUGGUCUGUGCCGUCCUAAUCUAUCUCUGGAGACGUUCACGACAGGAUGUACCAAGCGUAGUGGUAGACAGAGAGAGUGCGACGGGUACAACCAGGGCGGGUAAGUCGUGCACAUGCGACAAUAAAACAUCGACCACCACCGGAGGAUCAACGGGUACGUCUACUGGGACGUCAACUGGUACGGGAGCGUCAGUCGCGGGCCUCAGUGCCUCCACUAGCAUGUACAUGCUCGCGUGGUCCAAUACCGGCGACGGCGACAAAACUACGAUGCCGUCGGAUGGCACGGGGGCCAUUGUCAUGCUUGACGGGGACGACAGUGCAAGCACUGUGCGAAAAUACAAAGACCAAGGGUACCUGGUCGCGGGGUACAUUUCCGCCGGCAGCUGGGAAGACUGGCGCGACGACAAGUCAGAGUUCCCCGACGAGGUGUUCGGCAAGCCGUACCCGAACUGGCCCGACGAGACGCUCUUCAAGUUUGACAACUGGCCGCUGCUAAUCCCCGGCAUGACGAAGCGUAUGCAGAAGCUCAAGGAGAAGGGGUUCGAAUACGUAGAGUUUGACAACAUUGAAAACUCGGACGAGAGCGACGACGACCAGGUCGACUAUACAAGGCGACUGGGCGAGGUGGCCCUUGAGAUCGGUCUGGGGCCGUUGUUCAAGAACGCCGCCGAUCUGAUUCGGCAUGAUAAAACGGUGCAAGACAAUUUCGUCGGGUUUAUUUGUGAGGAAUCCAUCCAGUGGGGUGACACAGAGGUGUUCCACGAGGUCGCCGCGGGGCAGAAGCCCAUUUGGAUCUUUGAGUACGACGACGUGUCCUCGUCCGAUCUGGAGAAGGCCAAGUCGCACGCGACCGAAAUCUGGUUGGACACAAACAACGGGUGGGAAAAACUCGCAUAG